AUGCGUGGUUUUGCGCAUCUCGGCCUGGACGACUCGGUGACGGUGGACGAGGUCGUCGCCGCCAUCUCCAAGACCGGAGGAUGCCCGCCGGACCAGGUCAAGGUGGGCACGAUACGUCGGGGAGUCUCCGGUCUCGGGACCGCACAUGUGAGUUGUCCCGUAGCGGCGGCGAAACAAUUGAAAGACGGGAGACUUCUGGUCUGGUGGGUCUCGGCGCACGUCGCGCUCUUGCCGCCGAAGCCCUACCGGUGCUACCGCUGUCUAGAAGGAGGACAUGUGGGGGCACGGUGCACCGCUGGGGUGGACCGCAGCCAAAUCUGCUUCCGCUGCGGUCAACCCGGACACAAGGCUGGCACUUGCUGUGCCAAAACGCCGCACUGCGUCAUCUGUGCGGCAUCUAACAAGCCAGCCGACCAUCAGAUCGGGUCGAAGGCCUGCGCGAGACCUACUGCCAGGGCACAGCCGGCUCAUCUGCCGACUGUGACCCAGAAGACCAAGAAGAAGAAGAAGGCAACCAGCUCCUCGCAGCUGGUUCACCCACCGGCUACGGCACAAGAUCAGCCGAGGACUGGGGAGGAGGCGACGGCCAUGGACACUAAUUAA